UAAAUAAGAUGGAUAUUAUAAAACCAGAAUUAGUUUGGAUUGGAGGACGUUGUUAUCGAUUUCCUGAUCAUACUGUUUGGUCUUCAAAACAAACUUGUACUCCUUACGAAGAAGAUUACGAUCAAAUGGAAGACGACAUAAAUAAUGAAGUUAACAGUAGUGAUUGUGAUAUCGUUAUUGAAACUUUAAAAGACAAACGUUAUCAACAUACUGUUAAUAUUCCUCAAGUAUUUUACCGGUUUCUUAUUGGCUAUGCAGGAAGUAUUAAAAAAAAUCUUGAGUCUGAAACGAAAACAACAAUUAAAAUACCAAAUAUUGGAUCUAAACAGACUGAUAUUGUAAUUACUGGGAAAACCCGAUCUGGUGUAAUAUCAUGUCGUCAAAGAAUUGAUCUUAUAGUAGAAUCUUCUAGGAAAAAAAUUCCAUUUACUCAUUUUGUAUCAAUUCCAUUAAAUAAAGAAAUGAUAAUUAAUAAUUUUAUAAAAUUUAAAAAUGAAAUUCUCAAUGACUCUGAAAUAAUGUCUAAAGGAUUAAUGAAUGAUUUUUUUGUUAGUCCUAAUAAAUUUCAUCUGACGAUCGGAAUGUUAUUAUUAGUUACUAAUGAGGAUAAAAAAAAUGCUGUAGAAACAUUAAAUGCUUGUGUUAAUGAAAUUAUCAAGCCUAUUUUGCAGCAAAGUGGACCAAUAAAAAUAAAAGUUCAAGGUGUAGAAAUAAUGAAUGAUGAUGAAAAAAGAGUAACAGUACUUUAUGGUAAAGUAUUAAAAAAUGAUAUACUCCAAGAAAUAGCCAAUAAAACUUUUAAUUUUUUUAUUCAAAAAGAUCUCAUGAGUGUACAGUAUACUGAAGCAGUUAAAUUACACAUGACCUUGAUAAAAACAAGCCAAGUAAUGGAUAAAAGUUCAAAAAAGAAUUCAAGUCUCGCCCAGUUUGAUGCUACUAAAAUAUUAAAGAACUAUAAAGAUUAUUACUUUGGAGAAUUACAACUGGAAAAAAUAAAUAUUUCUACAAGAAAUACUGAAACUGAUGUAGGUCAUUAUGAAACGUUAACAGAAAUUAAUUUACUAAAAUAAUAAAUUAAAAUGAGCCUAAUAAUAAAUAUUGUAUAACUACGCUGUACAUUUAUUUAUAAUAAAUCAUUCAUAAAUGUAAAUUUAUGUUAUUUCAAAUACUUAUUUAAAGAUCAACAUCAAUAAUACAUUUCUGUACUACGGCUCAAUACUGAUCAAUAAAAUUCAGCCAAAACU